AUGGCUGAAGUCGUCUUCGCAAGACAGUUUCUGGCGACCUUGGAGUCGCGCCCGGCAAAGCUGUCGGCCGAUCAUGUCGAGGAUCCCAAGAACUUUCCUGCUCGCCCUCCUGUACGUGACGUCCGACCCCGCGUACUCUGCACCCUAGCUAACGUCAUGGAGUAUAUCCUGCCCAAGAUGCCCAGGCCCAUGAGCAAGCCCACGAACCUUGCACCGGGCCAGGAGCGCAGCAUCAACGUCGCUCUCAAGUCCCUGCGCAACCCUCCCCUGGACAUCAAGCUGUCCUCCCAGACUCUGAACACCUCGAUCCUCGACAUCAAGACGGCGGUCGAGACCCAGUCGCGGAUACCUGUGGACAAGAUGAAGCUUCUGUACAACAAGAAGCCGGUGCCGGACAGCAAGGUGUUGAAGGACUUGCUUACGGAUGACCAGUCUUCGCUGGAGUUCUCCGUCAUGGUCAUUGGUGGAGCUGCCGCCGUCAAGCCCGAGCCCGCUCCUGUCGGAGGUGACUCUGGUCCACAGGACGACAUUGGAGAGGCUGCACUGGAGACGCCGGAGUUCUGGGACGAUCUCAAGGGCUUCUUGAUGCAAAGGCUCAAGCAUGAGCAGAAGGCGGAGGAGCUGUCGGCGCUGUGGCGCUCGACCUGGCAGGCACAGAAGAAGUCAUGA